UUAUGAGCAGACCAGAAGCAGUGAAGCAUUCACAUAGGGCAGGCAGGUGGGAAGGUGAGGAUAGGUCCAGAGGCCAUCCUUCCAUAGCGAUUGCCCUAAGUGGCCUCAGGUGGAAGUGGGCCUGCAUGCAGGUGGAACCCAAGUGUAGGCAGUGCUGGGGCUGGAGGGAGGGGCGGCAGGGCGCACCCCAGGCUGGGUAGGUGAGCCAGCUGCGCCCCAGACCGGAAGGGUAAGGGUAAGCGGGCGCACUCCAGGCCGGAAGCGUGAACCAGCUGCCGUGUCUGUCAGCUUUCUCCUCACAGCACUCGGUCUACCAGCUAGGCGCCAUGAAGUUUCGGGCCAGAAUCACCAGCAAGAGUUUUCUAGAGCUCUUCAUCCAGGUCAGCGGCACCGUAGCGAGGCUGACGAAGGUCUGUGUGCUCCGAAUGUGUCCUGACAGUCUGUGCUUCUGCCCCACAGGGAUGCUGGGUGAGGGCCAGCUGUGGGGUGAGGUGAGGCGGGGAGUCUUCCGCCACUUCUGCAUGGAGGGUGUUUCGGAGGAAUUCAAUGAAAUCUAUCUAGAGCUGAAGUCUGAGCAUCUGGCCAGAGCCGUGAGGAAUGCGGGCAGCGCUUCUUCCCUGAAGCUCCAGCUCACCAACAAGCGUCGUCCCUGCCUCACUGUGGUGGUGGAGCUGGCGUCGUGCCCCGGCCACACCCGUGCCAUGGUCCACGAUUUGCCUGUGAAGGUGCUUCCCAGAAGGUGGUGGAAAGAGUACACAGAGCCCCGGGUUCGGGCCUCGGAUGUGAGUGUUUAUCUGCCAGCUUUGAAGACCCUGAAGAACAUGGUGGAGAGGAUGGCAAACAUGGGCGAUCGGGUGCUGGUGGAAGCAAAUCUAAACGGCAAAAUGAACUUGAGUGUAGAAACUGAUGCUGUGACUAUUAAAAGCUAUUUUAAAAAUCUUGGAAAUCCUCCAAAGGCCGUUCUGGGUGUGACUCAAGGUAAAGACCCAGAGAACAUGGUGCAAGUGAGGGUGGACAAUAGGAAGCUUCUUCUGUUUUUCGAAGGACAGCAGAUAAACCCCACAAUGGCCUUAUGUAAUAUUGUGAGCAAUACUCUGCUUCAUCUUGUUUUGGUUCAUGAUGAUAUCUCUCUUCAGUAUUUUAUUCCUGCUUCAUAAAUAUUCAAGCAGCCCAAAUUUUCUUAUUCAAAGAGAUCUUAAUUUAAGAUCUUUCCAGAACUGAAACGCUGAGUUAUUUGAAUUAAGAGGCUUCACCCCCGUGGAUUAUGUAUUUAUUUUGUUGAGUGCUACCUUUGUAAAAUGUUAAGAAACAAAUGGAGAAAUAAUUGGAUAGUUCGUGUGCUUGUUUUUUUGGCUUUGACAGUUAAAGUUAUAUUCAACUUAGUUGUUUUGGAAAAAAGGAUUAUAAUAAAAUAAAAUAACUGAAU